GAACACAUCUUACUUUCACCAUCAUCUUGUGAACUAUGGAAAACCAGAGCUGUGUCACUGAGUUCAUAUUCUUGGGCCUUUUACAGAACUCAAAAGUUGAGAAAAUAUUGUUUGUUGUAUUUUCUUUGGUCUACCUUGCAACUAUUGGAGGCAAUAUGAUGAUUGUGGUGACCAUUAUCUACAGCCCUGCACUGCUGGGCUCCCCCAUGUACUUCUUCUUGAUAUUCCUGUCCUUACUGGAUGCAUGCACUUCUUCUACUGUCACACCCAAGAUGAUUGUAGACUUCUUCUAUGAGAGGAAGACCAUCUCCUUUGAAUGUUGCAUUACACAACUGUUUGCUGUCCACUUUUUCACUGGCGUAGAGGUGAUUGUCCUGGCAUCCAUGGCCUAUGACCGCUAUGUGGCCAUUUGUAAGCCCCUUCACUACUCUUCCAUCAUGAACCGGAGUCUCUGUGGACAUCUUGUGGUAGUUGCCUGGGCAGGAGGAUUCUUGCAUUCUAUUAUACAAAUUAUCUUCACUUUGCAGCUGCCCUUCUGUGGACCCAAUGUCAUUGAUCAUUACAUGUGUGACUUGUUCCCAUUACUGAAGCUUGCCUGUACUGACACACAUAUAUUUGCUCUUUUGGUGUUUGCCAACAGUGGGUCUAUCUGCAUCAUCAUCUUCUCUAUUUUGCUUGUCUCCUAUGGUGUCAUAUUGUACUCUCUGAGAGCCCACAGCUCUGAAGGGAAAUUUAAAGCUCUCUCCACCUGUGGAUCUCACAUUACUGUUGUGGUUUUGUUCUUUGUCCCAUGCAUAUUAACAUAUGCAAGACCAAUAUCUGCAUUCUCCUUUGAGAAAAAUGCUGUUGUAUUUACCACAGUCUUGACACCAUUGCUCAAUCCUAUGGUUUACACUUUCAGGAAUAAGGAAAUGAAGAGUGCCAUCAGGAAAAUGUGGAAUAAAUUAAUAGUGGUUUCUGACAGUUAUUAAAUAUUACCCUUAUUUUGUUGUGGAAAUAGAUCAGUGGGUAAGAGUACUUCA